AAUAGGUCAUCGAUUUCAAGGUUGUUAACUUGUUAUGAUUUUCCACGAUCGACUCUUCUAAACACUGUUCUAAAUGGGAAGGAAGAGAAAACUUGGGCAAUCUAAGCAAAACUGGGGCUCUACAAAUUCACGGAAACAGAGAAAGAAGAGAAAAACUCGCGGAAAAGGAUUUAAACAAGCAAAAGUUUCAAAUGAAGUCGAUUCGUUGCAUAUCGAGCCAUCGACCUCGACGACCUGCAAAUUGUCCUUAACUGCUAUUCGUGAGAGAUCAGAGUCUUCUUGCUGUGCAAUCUCUUGUGCUUCGGCUGAUGAAAGUAUGCAGAGAUUGAGGCUCUGGAAAAUAGGUCUCAUCUUAUCUCGCCUGAAAAACUUGGCCUCUUUUUGUCAGCAUUUUACCGUAGACUGGUGUUUCAGGUCCAUCAGAAGCGUGUACCUUAUUUUAAACUGGCUUAAACAAACGUUUGGUUGUGGAAUACAAACACUAGGAAAGGUUCUGCUAGAAGACAAAGGCUAUCCAGUUUUGUUAGACAGGAAAACCCACCUUGAUGAAAUGGUGAAAAGAAUGAAUGCCUUGGAGGAGGAAGUCGAUCAACUGAAAUCAGAACUUGCCAAGAAGUCAACUUGUCCAUGUGGGGAUCACUGCAACAGAUAUGUACCAAGAGUUGAAUGUGCACCAAACGGUCUUCCUCCACCUCCUCCCCCACCCCCUCCUCCACCUCCUCCUGUUCAACCUCCACCAGCUCCCCCCUUAGCUUUUCUCAAGAAUAAACAGCCUGUAUCCAAAGCCAAUAUUUCCCAGGAAAAUAAAAAUACAGUCUCAAGAACCUUAGUGACCUUGGAGGAUCUGAAGAAAGUCAAGCUAAAAAAAGUCAAACAGGUCGAUGAGGAGGACAAAGAAAACACUGAGUCUGGGCCCAAAAAAACUGGGUCCACGUUGAACAAAUUGAAUAAACAAAAUGAUAAGCACUGUUUGGUAACUCUGAGGGAUUUAAAGAAUGUGAGAUUGAAAAGAACCAAGGAAGAUGAUGGUCUAGAGAAAAUAAAAUUACGAACUCCUGAAGAAAUGGUGGUCAUGAAAAGAAAUCUACGUAAAGUGAAUAUUUGUCGUAGUCCAGGUGGAACUCCUGUGGUAUCUGAAAAAGUUCUUGAGCAUGGAACUGGUCUCACACCGAUGAUGACAAGAGCACUGAAAAAGAAAUUCCAGCAUGCUCACCCUUAUUCUUCACCUGAUUCGCCAUCAAAGAGACAGAGUUUGUCUCCCAUGACCAGUUCACCAAAGUCGCAGAAAGCUUUAUCUCCUUUGUCCUACAGAUAAAGUAAUUUUUAUUAGAUUUACUUAAGUUCACAUGGUAACCAGGUGGACAAUCAGGCAAGGUUUGAUGCUACUCUGGUUUAAAGAUUUGUUGAAUGUAACCACCAUCAUCAGGGGUGAUCAAAUUGCUGCAACAAGGUCUUUUUUAUAUG